UUUUAUCCGCAACAGUUCGCCGCUCUGGCCCAGUAUAGUGUGCCAAAUAAUCCACUACCGUGAUUUACCGGAGUUACAUAAAAUACCGCAUUCGAUCGAUAGUUGGUACGGAAGUGUUUCUUCUUGGUGCAAGUGAUUCUGACUGCGUUGUGCAUUUGGGAGCGUAGAUCGUAUUCUACCUCCAUUUGCGCAUUUAGUGAAAACUUUACACAAUGGAUUGGAGGAGAUUCCCUCUUUUAGCGGUUAAAAAACUGCAGUAAAAGAAGGGAAUCAGAUGAGCUGUAUAUCGAACGAGAAACAAACUCAUCGUACCCAUAGUAUUCAUCGCAAAAGCACGCUUCUAGUAGCUCAAAUAUUGCCAGCAGCACCACGCUUCGCCGAUACCGUCGCCUGCUUUUCAGGAUCGAACAUAAAUGCAUCUUCAACAGUAGCAGCAGCAGCAGCAGCAACAACAGCAACUUCAAUCACAUCGACGACAGUAAAUGCAGUAAACGAAUGUUCGCUCAACGAACAAAGUCAUGAGCUUUUGGAUUAUUACCCGAGCGACUCAAUUGGCAACUCCGGAAGUGCAACGAGUGCCAGCUUUGAUCCGGCGGAUUUCAAGCUUGAUGCAUUAGAUUUUAGCCUAACAAGACGAUUGCUGGGAGCAGUAUUUUUUCUGCUUAUCAUUUACGCCUGGAAGCAGUACAUCGACGACGAGGAAGGAUCAGAUAUUAUUUACAUUUAAACAAAACACCGACAGCGUGUGCUAAUGGGGACUAGAAAAGUGUCGUACUUCUUCAACCCGGACGUGGGCAACUUCCACUAUGGACCCGGCCAUCCGAUGAAACCGCACCGGCUGUCGGUAAUCCAUCAUCUGGUGAUGAAUUAUGGAUUGCACAAAAAAAUGCAAAUCUAUAGACCGUACAAGGCAAGUGCACAAGACAUGUGCCGGUUCCACAGCGACGAGUACAUCGAGUUCCUGCAGCGCGUUACACCCCAAAACAUUCAAGGCUACACCAAGUGUCUUUCGGUGUUCAACGUUGGCGACGAUUGUCCGGUUUUCGACGGCUUGUUCGAGUUCUGCGCCAUGUACACUGGGGCAUCGCUGGAAGGGGCCCAAAAGCUGAAUCACAAUCAUAGCGACAUCUGCAUCAACUGGUCCGGAGGUUUGCAUCAUGCGAAAAAGUUUGAAGCGUCCGGGUUUUGCUACGUGAACGACAUCGUGAUCGGCAUUUUGGAGCUGCUAAAGUACCACCCGCGGGUUCUGUACAUCGAUAUCGAUGUCCACCACGGUGAUGGCGUGCAGGAAGCGUUCUAUUUGACCGACCGCGUGAUGACGGUUUCGUUUCACAAGUACGGCAACUACUUUUUCCCCGGCACGGGCGAUAUGUACGAGAUCGGGGCCGAAUCGGGCCGCUACUACUCGGUCAACGUGCCCUUGAAGGAGGGUAUCGACGAUCAGAGCUACGUGCAGGUGUUUAAACCGGUCAUUUCGGCCGUGAUGGAGUUCUACCACCCAACGGCAAUCGUCUUGCAGUGCGGGGCGGACUCGUUGGCCGGUGAUCGGCUGGGGUGCUUCUCACUGAGCACUAAAGGCCACGGUGAGUGCGUCAAGUUCGUCAAGGAUCUUAACGUACCCACGUUGGUGGUCGGGGGUGGUGGCUAUACGCUGCGCAAUGUGGCCCGCUGCUGGACGUACGAAACCUCUCUUCUGAUCGACGAGACGAUCUCGAACGAGCUGCCGAUGAACGAUUAUUUGGAAUUUUUCGCUCCCGAUUUUACGCUGCACCCGGACAUACCUAGCAGACAGGAUAACGCGAACAGCAAGCAGUAUCUGGAGGCGAUCACGCGGCACGUGUACGACAAUCUGAAGAUGUGUCAGCAUGCGCCCAGCGUGCAAAUGUUCGACAUACCGGAGGAUGCGUUGCCGGAGGAGCUAAAGGUCAAGACAGAGGAACCGAAUCCGGAUGUGCGCAUGAGCCAGGAUGACGAGGACAGGCUGGUAGAACCGAAGAACGAGUUCUUUGACGGUGAUAACGACAAUGAUAAAAGUGAGAAUGAGCCCUAGCCUUAAAACAGAGAAAGAGGGAAGCAAGGACCGUUGUCUCUUCUGGUUAGGUUAAGCUUGCUGUAAGUUUUAUCAAUCCAGACACCUCCAUUAGUGAUAAGAUCUUUUUCAUUGUCGAGUUCCUUUCUGAUCGCUUUGUCCCUAGGAGGAGUUCAACUAUGUACCUCUGAUAGAAGCGUGGAGUUCGAAUGCAUAAAUGCUUGUUUUUAAGUUAUUUAAGAAUGCAAUAAAAACAAACAAAACUCAAAUACAAUAAAUUGCAU